GCUUGACUGUGACUUCGCCUGUGAGGGCUCACGACCACAGUGUGAAACAGUUUGAAGAAAUCGAAACCUAUAAAUACUCAAGAGCAUCUGACUCGAAAGCGGUCACAGAGACAGUCCAAAGACAGGCGCAGAAAUCAGAUGGAAGGGGAGAAGAGAUAAGGAUCCUGAGCUUUUCACGGUCUUCUUACAAUUCUGUGCAACUUGCUGAGUCAUUUAUGAUGGAUACUGCAAACUCCGUUACUAAACUAAACGAAUACGCAAAUACGCGUAAAUUUGAAGUGAGGUACGAAGAAAUCCGCUCUGACGGACCGCCACAUGAUAAAGUAUUCUACCUGAGUGCAGUCAUAGAUGGUAAAGCCUACCCCAGUGGUGAGGGGAAGACCAAGAAGGAAGCAAAGCAAAAUGCAGCAAAAAAUGCUCUGGAAAGCCUGUCUCAGCUUGGUCAUCAGGACUCAGUGGAAUCUAGAAACACUGCAGCAGAAGCUUCAGUUCAGAUGAUUCUUAGCUCUAAGGACACCAGCUUUACAGAGACAAAUUUCAUAGGCCUUAUCAACGACUACUGUCAGAGAACCAAACGCUCCGAUUCAUAUGUUAAAGUGAAGAAAGACGGCCCCUCUCACAUUCCUCUUUUUUUCUACAAAUUAAUAAUUGACAACAAGGAAUAUCCUGUGGGUGAUGGGAAGAGCAUCAUGGAAGCCAAACAGAGAGCAGCAGAGUUAGCCUGCUCUGCUCUUCAGGAGCAGCCAGACUGGGACAGCAAGGUGUCCGUCAGGCCAACAGCAUUGGAAGAUGGUGCUCCACCUGACUCAUUAGCAUCAUCAGUUACACAGGAGUCCAUUGAGUCCUCAUCGCAGGGCCUGACUACAGAUAAAAGUGAAUCUGUAAUAUUCGAAGAGUCAUCAAACCCACCCACAGACCAGAGAAACAAUGCAGCAGAAGCUUCAGUUCAGAUGGUUCCUAGCUCUAAGGACACCAGCUUUACGGAGACAGAUUUCAAAAGUCUUGUCAACCGCUACUGUCAGAAAACUAAACGUUCCCAUUCAUAUGUUGAAGUGAAGAAAGACGGCCCGUCUCAUAUUCCUCAUUUUUUCUACAAAUUAAUAAUUGACAACAAGGAAUAUCCUGUGGGUGAUGGGAAGAGCGCCAUGGAAGCCAAACAGAGAGCAGCAGAGUUAGCCUGGUCUGCUCUUCAGGAACAGCCAGACUGGGACAGCAUGGUGUCCAUCAGGCCAACAGCAUCGGAAGAUGGUGCUCCACCUGAAUCAUUAGCAUCAUCAGUUACACAGGAGUCCAUUGAGUCCUCAUCGCAGGGCCUGACUACAGAUAAAAGUGAAUCUGUAAUAUUCGACGAGUCAUCAAACCCACCCACAGACCAGAGAAACAAUGCAGCAGAAGCUUCAGUUCAGAUGGUUCCUAGCUCUAAGGACACCAGCUUUACAGAGACAGAUUUCAAAAGUCUUGUCAACCGCUACUGUCAGAAAACCAGACGUUCCCAUUCAUAUGUCGAAGUGAAGAAAGACGGCCCGUCUCAUAUUCCUCAUUUUUUCUACAAAUUAAUAAUUGACAACAAGGAAUAUCCUGUGGGUGAUGGGAAGAGCAUCAUGGAAGCCAAACAGAGAGCAGCAGAGUUAGCCUGGUCUGCUCUUCAGGAACAGCCAGACUGGGACAGCAUGGUGUCCAUCAGGCCAACAGCAUCGGAAGAUGGUGCUCCACCUGAAUCAUUAGCAUCAUCAGUUACACAGGAGUCCAUUGAGUCCUCAUCGCAGGGCCUGACUACAGAUAAAAGUGAAUCUGUAAUAUUUGAAGAGUCAUCAAACCCAUCCACAGACCAGAGAAACAAUGCAGCAGAAGCUUCAGUUCAGAUGGUUCCUAGCUCUAAGGACACCAGCUUUACAGAGACAGAUUUCAAAAGUCUUGUCAACCGCUACUGUCAGAAAACCAGACGUUCCCAUUCAUAUGUCGAAGUGAAGAAAGACGGCCCGUCUCAUAUUCCUCAUUUUUUCUACAAAUUAAUAAUUGACAACAAGGAAUAUCCUGUGGGUGAUGGGAAGAGCAUCAUGGAAGCCAAACAGAGAGCAGCAGAGUUAGCCUGGUCUGCUCUUCAGGAACAGCCAGACUGGGACAGCAUGGUGUCCAUCAGGCCAACAGCAUCGGAAGAUGGUGCUCCACCUGAAUCAUUAGCAUCAUCAGUUACACAGGAGUCCAUUGAGUCCUCAUCGCAGGGCCUGACUACAGAUAAAAGUGAAUCUGUAAUAUUCGAAGAGUCAUCAAACCCACCCACAGACCAGAGAAACAAUGCAGCAGAAGCUUCAGUUCAGAUGGUUCCUAGCUCUAAGGACACCAGCUUUACAGAGACAGAUUUCAAAAGUCUUGUCAACCGCUACUGUCAGAAAACCAAACGUUCCCAUUCAUAUGUCGAAGUGAAGAAAGACGGCCCGUCUCAUAUUCCUCAUUUUUUCUACAAAUUAAUAAUUGACAACAAGGAAUAUCCUGUGGGUGAUGGGAAGAGCAUCAUGGAAGCCAAACAGAGAGCAGCAGAGUUAGCCUGGUCUGCUCUUCAGGAACAGCCAGACUGGGACAGCAUGGUGUCCAUCAGGCCAACAGCAUUGGAAGAUGGUGCUCCACCUGAAUCAUUAGCAUCAUCAGUUACACAGGAGUCCAUUGAGUCCUCAUCGCAGGGCCUGACUACAGAUAAAAGUGAAUCUGUAAUAUUUGAAGAGUCAUCAAACCCAUCCACAGACCAGAGAAACAAUGCAGCAGAAUCUUCAGUUCAGAUGGUUCCUAGCUCUAAGGACACCAGCUUUACGGAGACAGAUUUCAAAAGUCUUGUCAACCGCUACUGUCAGAAAACCAGACGUUCCCAUUCAUAUGUCGAAGUGAAGAAAGACGGCCCGUCUCAUAUUCCUCAUUUUUUCUACAAAUUAAUAAUUGACAACAAGGAAUAUCCUGUGGGUGAUGGGAAGAGCAUCAUGGAAGCCAAACAGAGAGCAGCAGAGUUAGCCUGGUCUGCUCUUCAGGAACAGCCAGACUGGGACAGCAUGGUGUCCAUCAGGCCAACAGCAUCGGAAGAUGGUGCUCCACCUGAAUCAUUAGCAUCAUCAGUUACACAGAACAACAGUGAAUCAUCAUCACAAAACACUGCAAGUAACUCCUCAAACCCUUCUGAUUCCCAGGCAUUCUCUGUAUCUUCUGGGUCUGAGACUAGCACAUCUGUCAGGUUUACUUCAGAAUUUGAACCCUUGGAGCGUCUUGGUAAGGGGGCCUUUGGUUCUGUUUACAAAGUAAGAGAUAAAAAACUGAAGAUAGAAUAUGCUGUGAAGGUCGGCUGCUAUAAAGAGUUAAGUAUGCCAUGGCAGGAUUCCAGCAUUCAGUGUUAUAUGUUCGGUACUUGUGCACUUUCUGUACUGACGCUUUUCUUAUUGUGUUUCAGAAAAUCUCUUCGAGAGGUGAGAACAUUAUCAGACCUCUUCCACCGUAACAUUGUUAGAUAUUACACGUUCUGGAUGCAGGAUACUGGAUACGAGUGGGACCUUAGAGAUGACAGUUAUGACAGUUACGCCUCUUCACACCAUGAAGGUAACUCAGAGUCAAAGUUCCUGUAUAUUCAGAUGGAGUUAUGUGCCAAAAACACACUGAGAGACUGGAUUGAUGAGAAGAAUAAAGAGAGUGUGCAAGACUCCAAGCGAAGAGAAGAAAGUCUGAGAAUUGCUCAAGAAAUAGUUUGUGGAGUCGAGUAUAUUCACUCCAAGAACCACAUCCACAGAGACCUUAAGCCUGCAAACAUCAUGUUUGGAGUGGAAGGAGAAGUGAAGAUUGGGGAUUUUGGUCUGGUCACCAGUGAUGAUGAUGAUGAGGAGAGAACAGUGUGCAAAGGAACUCCAUCUUACAUGGCUCCUGAACAAAGGAGUGAGAGGAAGUACAACAGAAAAGUGGACAUGUUUGCUUUGGGGCUGAUAUUCUUUGAACUCCUUUGGAAACUUUCUACUGGCUAUGAAAGAGCAAAGAUUUGGCCUGACGUCAGAAGGCAGAGGUUCCCCGAAGAGUUUUCAGUGACUUUUACCAAAGAGAAGCAAAUUAUUAACUCAUUGCUGUCUGAGAAACCAGAAGACCGACCUGAUGCAAGUGCCGUGAAGGCAGAGCUUGAAGAGUGGACUCGGAUAUUCAACUCACACAAAGCAUCUUGCCAGGAAAAUCAAACUGUCUGAUAGUCACAAGAGAAAAGUUGCAAAAGUCACAGGAGCCUUUGCAAAUCUGUCUUGUUGCAUCUGCUUAAUGAAAUGAUUUGAUGUACUGUGUAAUAUUGUGUUGAGUAGCUGUUAAUGUGCAAAGUUAAUAUAUAGAAGAGGUCACAUCAUGAAUCCCGGCUAUUCCAGGGAAGUUUGUAUUGGAUUUGGAAAUGAAACAUGAAAUCAUGAUUUUAAAAUCGAACUAUUCAAAUCAGUUUCCCGGUGCAGGUCGUCACUUUGUAACUGUUGUUAACCUGCUGCUGUCUCAAGGAGGAGGAAUUGUGAUGCUACGUGUACUUCUGGUGGAUUCAUGUUGAAUGUCAGAGAUAAAAAAGCACACUCCAUGUGGCUCAAUUUUAGAAACUUUCCUAAAUGUUUUCACUCAUUUUUAACCCAUGAAAUACAGUUUAACAUUUUGUUUCUUCCAUUUUUUCUUUUGUUCAUUUUAAUCUGAUUGAUUGCAAUAUCAGUCAGCUACAUGUGACUUGGAACAGCAGGAGAAAAGUCAUUAAUACUGUACUAGAGAGGAUGAAAUAAUAAAAGGUGUAUAAGAAAAUGAA